AUGAAUCAAUCCCAUUGUUCGCCAUUAGCCGUUCAUAGAAUAUUUCAAUCCUUAUUAUCGGAACCAACAGGAUCGAAUUCUUUACAAAAAUUAGCUGGAUCACCGAGAACACUACAUCCUCAUUUAACAUCACCACCUGCAAAAAAUACUAUUCGCUAUAUUGAAAAUGAUCAAAAUAAUCGACGCGAAAAAUAUGACGGUCGUCGUUGGAGACUUGUGUGUACAUGGGAUGUGUAUGCUUGCACGAAUCUAGCUUUUAAUCGUCAAUUAUGUGGUAAACACAAUGCAAUACGAUUAAAUAAAGUGUUACCAAAAAAGAAUAAACGAAAAUCAUUAUCAACUAAUUUGUCAUUACCAAUUAUAAAUCAUAGUAAUGGAAAGAAUAAUAAUUAUAAUGAUGAUGAUGAUGAUGAUAUUCAAAUUCUUGAAGAGUAUUGUAAGAAUCCAACUACACGUCAUUGUAUGAACAGUACUGUUAAAUCGGAGCUGCCUGAUUUUAAUGUAUUUUCUGUAGAAAAUCUCGAUAAUACUGAUUUUCAGGUUGGCGUUAAAUCAGAACCAAGGUUUUCAACAAGUUAUCCUUGUACGACAAGUAAAGAUGUUGAAUAUCUUAGCUCAACAACUCGUGCUAAUGGAUUAAAUGUUGGUGAAUUAGUAUCCAAACAUAUUCCACCAUUAACUGAUUUUGAAGAAGAAUUUGUUGCAGCACGUCUAAUGGAAAGAGUUCCACGAACUUCUCCUAUGCUUGAUGGACAACUUUUCGUACAUAACGAAGCAAUUCUAGUCGUAAACAAGAAUUAUCGAAUUAAGAUGGAUUCAAUUGCACCGGAAUACUUCUAUGAUUUUCUUCUUCGCCAUCCGCGUGUUGCUCUGCAUUAUAAAAAUUGGUUUCUACUAUGUAAAAUGUCUCCACCAACAACCGGUUGUCUUAUUGAUACAAAAGUCUGGACAUUGAGCAUGAUUGUACGAGGUUCAAUGACAUCCGAUAAUAUGAUUGAUGAAUGCGAUGGAUAA